AUGUUGGAAAGAAAAUCUCGAAAAAGUAAAAGAAAGCUGGAAAAAAUGACGAUAGAUGAGCUGAAUAGAAUCAGAAGCGAAGAAAUUAGAUUAAUUCACUCAAACUUACGAAAACUAAAAGCAGUCGGAGAAAGUUUUCAAAUGAGCGUUACUAGAGCGAGCGAGAAUGAAACGAAAAUUGACAAACUGAUAGAAAAGUUUAUGCAUCACGAACGGGUGGCUCAAUUCGCGCAAAGGCGAAAAUUCUUUCUCGACGUUUUCAUCUCGAACUUGGAGCACAGUUCCGAUCACACGAGUUAG